UGUGGGGGUACAGCUGCAGGGGUGGCUGUGUGCACUGCGGGGGUACAGCUGCAGGGGAGGCUGUGUGCACUGUGGGGCCUCCUGGGAAAACCUUCUGCACCUGGGCUGUGAGUGUCCCUAAUGCCAGGAGCCUUUCUGCAGUAAUCACUCUGCUUUUACUGAUAUCAUGCAAGAGAGAAACAUCAAGUUGUGUUCCUUUAAAAGCAUGGUGAUACUCUUGAGCACAGAAGAGAUUAUUUUGAGAAGCUCUGGCUCUUGCAGGCAGUGUGUUUCAGUUCUGACUGGAGGCUACUGGCACAGGGCCCAGGCAGGCAGAGGGCACGGCAGGAGCCGGCAGGUCUGUGCAGCGGGCAGGGCAAGGCUGCUGCAUCACGCUGCUCCUGCCCCGCCUGCUGUCCCUGCUGCUGUCCCCCACCUGCAGUGGGAGGGGGCAGUUGCCUUCUUUGGGUUUUUGGCACCCGGCCUGCCUCUUUAUUUUCUUGCCCCUUACUGCACUGCAAGGUUGCCAAAUAAGCCUUGAACAACUUUCAAAGCUGCAUUCAGCUUCUGGUUUGUUUUGGGAUAAAACUUGGAGCGGAUUCAGGCAGUCACAGUUCUGUGUGCACAGGGUCUGGAUAAAACUCUGCCCUCUCCGUGUAUACUUAACCUUUGGUACCCCCUCACUCCUUCCCAUCUGUGCAGACAGGGUCCUUUAGAAAAGCACUACAGCUACAGGGCCAGGUUGGAUGGAGCCCUGAGCAUUCUGACCUAGUGAAGGACAUCUCUGCCCACUGUGUGGGGGAUGGCUGGGUGAUCUUCAAUGUCUCUUCCAACCCAUUUGUGAUUCCAUAAACUUGCAGGGAACUUUCCUGUUAACUAACCUGGUCUAAUUACAGUCAGCUUCCUCUAAGAGAGGGAUACAACUGUAUUUGUUAUAGUUAGUGACACUACUGUUACUUUUUUGUACGCUCCCAUUUUGAUGUCAUUUUCUCAUUUCAGUUUCCAGUGUGACAGUUGUAAUACAGUCUUCGUGGGCAUGUGUUUGACACAGAGCUGGCAGAGCCUUUCAGUCCUCUCCUUUUUCAUACGGCUUUGCUUUAACUGCAGUGGCAGGUCAGUCAGUAUUGGAGCUCUUCAAGCUGUAGGGUUGGCAUAAAGAGAAUUGCUCCUUAUAAUAAUAAAGGUAGUGUUUAGCUGUGAUAUGGCCCAAACUGUGAGGUCUCUCUCUACAUCUGCAGCAGAAGAUGAAGAUCUGUGGUGCGAUAAUGCACAGGCAACCUCCUGCAGACAGCAACAGACCAAAUUUCCAGGAUUUUCAUGGCUGGAGGCAAUGCCAGCUGCAGUCUGGCCUGCUUAGCCCUGCUGUGAACACUUGCUACACAACUGUUGAUAUUGCAGAAGGCAACACAGAAUUGAAGUUUGACCAAAGUUUGCAGUUUCGCUGGUGGAGAAGAUGCAGGCUCAGGAAAUCCUGCGGAGCCUGCGGCUGCCCGAGUUCGAUGACCUCAGCCAGUUCUUCCGCAACCUGCCGGCCACGGCGCUGGUGGGCCUCGGUGCCUUCGCGGCCGUCGUGGCCUACUGGUUUGCCAGCCGGCCCAGGGCCGUGAAGCCGCCCUGCGACCUGCGCAUGCAGUCGGAAGAAGUCGAGGGCCUGGCCGGGGCGCGCCGCUCGGUGAUUGGGGACAGCCCGCAGCUGCUGACACACUACUACGAUGAUGCCAGGACCAUGUACGAGGUCUUCAGGAGGGGAUUCAGCAUCUCCGAGAAUGGCCCCUGCCUGGGGUUCAGGAAGCCCAAGCAGCCCUACCAGUGGCUGUCCUACAAGGAGGUGGCUGAAAGAGCAGAAGCUCUGGGUUCAGGCCUUUUGCAGCAGGGCUGCAAGCCAUCCACGAAGCAGUUCAUUGGCGUCUUCGCUCAAAACCGUCCAGAGUGGAUCAUCUCUGAGCUGGCUUGCUACACCUAUUCCAUGGUGGUGGUUCCCCUCUAUGACACCUUGGGUCCUGGAGCCAUUCGGUACAUUGUCAACACAGCUGACAUUUCCACAGUCAUUUGUGACAAGCCUGAAAAAGCCAGGAUACUCCUUGACCAUGUGGAGAGGAGAGAAACACCAGGCCUGAGGUCUAUCAUCCUGAUGGACCCAUUUGAGAAGGAGCUGACAGAGAGAGGGAAGAGCUGUGGGGUUCGCAUCCAGACCAUGCAGGAGGUGGAGGACUGUGGCCGUGAGAGUCGACAUGUGCCUGUGCCUCCUCGACCAGAAGAUCUGUCAAUUGUCUGUUUUACUAGUGGCACUACAGGAAAUCCCAAAGGUGCUAUGCUGACCCAUGGAAACGUGGUGGCGGAUUUUUCAGGCUUUUUGAAAGUGACGGAGAAAGUGAUCUUUCCGAGACAGGACGAUGUGCUCAUCUCCUUCCUGCCUCUGGCUCACAUGUUUGAAAGAGUUAUACAGGUAAGAAACCUGCCUGAACUGACGAGGCCUCGUGGGGCUCCUUGUGUUUUCUUCCAGAGUCAGUGGUCUCCUACUUGUGAGGAUGUACACAUUUCCUAUUUGCCUUUAGCACACAUGUUUGAGAGAAUGGUACAGUCUGUAGUCUACUGCCACGGAGGGCGAAUUGGCUUCUUCCAAGGAGACAUUCGCCUCCUGUCUGAUGAUAUGAAGGCCCUGCGGCCAACCAUCUUCCCUGUCGUGCCACGGCUGCUGAACAGAAUGUAUGACAAGAUCUUCAGCCAGGCUGACACAUCCCUCAAGCGCUGGAUCCUGGAAUUCGCGGCGAGACGGAAAAAGGCUGAAGUGCGAAAUGGCAUCAUUAGAAACGACAGUUUGUGGGAUAAACUCUUCUUUAAUAAAAUACAGGCGAGUCUUGGGGGGUGUGUCCGCAUGAUAGUGACAGGCGCUGCCCCCGCGUCCCCGACCGUCCUGGGCUUCCUCCGCGCGGCCCUCGGAUGUCAGGUUUAUGAAGGCUAUGGCCAAACAGAAUGCACAGCUGGAUGCACCUUUACAACUCCAGGUGACUGGACAUCAGGUCAUGUAGGAGCCCCUUUGCCCUGUAACUUAAUCAGAUUGAAGGAUGUGGAAGAACUGAAUUAUUUUGCUUCCAAAGGAGAAGGAGAGAUCUGUGUGAAAGGACCCAAUGUGUUUAAAGGUUACUUGAAAGAUGAAGAGAGGACAGCUGAGGCACUGGACCAGGAGGGCUGGCUUCACACAGGAGACAUUGGAAAGUGGUUACCUAAUGGGACCCUUAAAAUUAUUGAUCGGAAAAAGCAUAUAUUUAAACUUGCUCAGGGAGAAUACAUUGCACCGGAGAAGAUAGAGAAUAUCUACAUCCGCAGUGACCCUGUUGCUCAGAUCUAUGUCCAUGGAGACAGCCUGCAGGCAUUCCUGGUGGGAAUUGUGGUGCCCGAUUCCGAAGUCAUGCCAGGUUGGGCAAAGAAAAGAGGGUUUGAAGGAACAUAUGCAGAACUCUGUAAAAAUAAGGAACUGCAGCAAGCGAUAAUGGAAGACAUGGUACGGUUAGGGAAGGAGAGUGGGCUUCACUCCUUUGAGCAGGUAAAAGCCAUUUAUAUUCACUCUGAUAUGUUCUCGGUGCAAAACGGUUUGUUGACACCAACAUUAAAGGCUAAGAGACCAGAACUGAGAGAUUACUUCAAAAAACAAAUAGAAGAGCUAUAUUCAAGCAUCUCCAUCUGAAAUCACGGGAAGAAUCUUCUGAGUAACGGACUUCAUAGCAAUAUUAGAAUAAUACUCAAAAACUACAGAGCCAGAAUGACACUGCUGAAAUGGAUAAGCAUCUGAACCUGAUAUUUGAGCCUUUCAUUUUUCUAGGAUUUCAUCACUAACCAUAUUUUCCUUUUUUUUGCCAUCAGGUGUGAUACAAUUUUUUUUACUCUAGGUAUACAGUAAGACACCACUAAAAGUUAUGCUAAAUUGCCACAAAAUAUGCAGAAAUUUCAAUCUAUGGCCGAGUAAAUUAUGGAAGCAUAUCUUUUAAAUAACUACAAAUAUUUUUAGUUAAAAUAGGGAAAAUUUCAAGUAUGUCUGUUGAUAUUUGAUUGUAUACAACCUAAUAUAUUAGAAACUAAAAUAAUAAGUAAUUCAAUAAUGUGGUCUACCUCAAAUAAUCAGUGACUGAUGGUGAAAGUAAAAGUCUGUUUUCUCUGAUUUGGAACUUCAUGCUGGAUAUUGGUUUAUAUAGUAAGUGAUAGUUUUUAUAUUUUUCAGGACAUAAAUGACAUUGAUUUGAUUUAAUCAUUGAUGACUUAACAACCAGAACAGAAAUAGGAAGGAAUUUCCCACUAUUUGUACUUAAUAGACCUAUUAGUAUAUUACAUCUAAUGGAUUACUGUUACUUGGAAAUGACAAGAACAGGGUAGGCAGCAUAGCACAGAAUUUCCUCUAUUUCCUUUUCAUCCAAACACAGUUUAUCCAUGGUAUGCAGAUUCUGCAUUAGGGCUCCUUCAGUCCAGUGCACUCACGGACAUCUGAACUGCUCAAACGGAGAAGGUUGCAAAAGCAUCACUGGCUCUGUGGUGGCUUUAGGUGGGAGUUCACGAUAAUCCAUAUGCUCCCAAUCCCUAAUUUAUUACUUCACAUGCUGCUAAUACUGCAUAGUCCAGCUGGACUAACUCCCUUUCAGAAACAGCGCUAAGGAAAUGGAGCACAAGGAAUAAGCUGUGAUUCUGGAUGGGGCUUAGCAAAA